AUGGCGCCGUCGAGGGAACCCAAUCCUCUCCGCCCAUACUAUAUUCCGCCCUCCAUCGGUCCAUCUCCCGCCGCCGCCGCCGCCGCCGCCUCCUCCACACCGCCGUCACAGGCGUCAGCUAUCCACGCGACCUCGCGCUUGAACGACACCUCCUCUUUCUCCACCUCGGCGCGAGACUUGUUCCCCGACAUCGACAUCUCCUCCACCACUAGCGAGGCCUGGUCGCAUACCCGUAGCUUGUUCGAUACUCUCGCAUGGCGCUACACGUCGAUCGUGCUGGCACAACCCUUUGACGUGGCCAAGACUCUCUUGCAGGUGUCGCUUCCGCAGUCUCAGCAGAGUCUAGGAGUUGCACAGAAGAAGCGGACGACGACGGGGCAGAGUACGACGACGAGCCGAGGCCGCGGCGGGAACCCUUACGAAACAGAGACCGACGGAGACACCACAGAGGACAGCGACGAUGAAGAGAAUGGCAUUCCAGAUUACUUCUCCGCAACAGCGCCGCGAAGCCGCUCACCACGACGGCGGAAACGGACUCCGCCCAGCGAUAGUGCAGAUCUCUCACCCACACCUCGUCCACGGAACAGAACUCAACCCGGCCUCGGGAGCGAUGAUAUGUCUUUACGGAUAAAGAAGCCUGACAGUGUCAUGCAAGCUGUGUCGGCCUUGUAUAAUACUUCCGGUGCUGUGGGGCUUUGGAGAGCAAACAAUACCACCUUUCUAUAUUCCAUUCUGCUGCGAACUACAGACUCUUUCAUCAGAGGUUUGCUAUUGGCGAUACUAGGUCUACCAGAUAUCGUAGGGCCAGAACAAGGAGGUCUGGCGCCUGGCUUGACCAUGUCUGGCGGAGCUGGCUUUUCUGGAAUUGAUCUGUCCGAUUCUCCCAACCCACUCGGCUCACUUUUGGUCAUUGGCCUGGCAAGUUGCUUGACCGGCUUGUUGCUGGCCCCACUCGACCUCGUUCGGACUCGUUUAAUUGUCACGCCCAUUUCAGAAGGCAAGCGAGGCCUCGUCUCGAACCUCAAACGCCUUCCCUCCUUUUUCGCACCAGCGAGUCUUUGGACCCCCACAGCUCUGUAUCACCUCAUUCCGAACGUCUUCUCCGCUGCAACACCACUCUUCCUUCGAAGACAACUUCGCAUAGCCCCCGAACUUACCCCUUCCUUGUGGUCUCUGGCAUCUUUCAGUACCACUUUAACAGAACUGUUCAUUCGACUGCCUUUGGAAACGCUCGUCAGGAGGGCGCAGGUGCAGCAUUUGAAGCAGGCGGACCCUGAGAUGAAGAUGAUUGUGGAGCCUGCUUCUUACAGUGGCGUGUGGGGCACAGUCUAUGGCAUUAUGUACACUGAAGGCGAGACCACCACGAAAGCCAAGAAUGGUAUGCUGCGGACCAGGCGGGGCCAAGGUGUGGCUGGGUUAGUGAGAGGUUGGAGAGUUGGUUUCUGGGGGUUGGUGGGGGUAUGGGGUGCAGGCGCCUUGGGGCCUGGGGACAAGGGAAGGGAGUUUUGAGAACCGCGCUCAGUGAUGGAUGAUGAACCCACCCAUAUUGAAUGAUGUGCCGCUAAUUUGAGCAAGAAAUGAUACCCAGUCGUUAAUCGAUACAACAGGCAGCUAUGGCGGAUAUGCAUCGAAGUAAGAUUUUUCCUCUUCCG